AUGGCUUAUAGGGCAAAGGCCAUUGCUUCAGACCAUGUAGAUGGGUCUUUCAAAGAGCAAUAUAAAAGGAUAUAUGAUUAUGCGAAUGAGCUCCUAACUCGUAAUCCUGGAUCCACAAUGAAGGUGCAAGUGGAAGAGAAUGUUGGUCGACAUAUUUUCAAGAGGUUAUAUGUUUGUCUAAAGGCCUGCAAGUACAGUUUUGUGUCCUGCAAGCCAAUUAUAGGGUUGGAUGAGAAUAAGGACAUGUGGAAAUGGUUUCUGGAACUUCUGGUUGAAGACGUUGAUGGGGAGCCAGUACAUGCAUCCUUGACAUUCAUAUCAGAUAAACAAAAGGGCUUAAUGCAAGCUAUUCAAAAAGUGGUCCCUGGAGUUGAUCAAAGCUUUUGUGUUAGGCACCUUUACGCAAAUUUCAGGAAAAAAUUCCCUGGAAAGCAGCUAAAGCGGUUGAUGUGGAAGAUACUGGUCACGAUCAAGGUUUACACCACUUCUAAAUGUGAUACUUUGGUAAACAACAUGUCAGAGGCAUUCAACAGUGUUGUGGUACAUACAAGGUCAAAGCCAAUCAUAACCAUGUUGGAGGAGAUCCGCCUUUACUUGAUGAACAGAUGGGCAACAAAUCGAACAAAAAGUGAAUCAUUGUCUGGGUUGAUUUGUCCUAAAAUCAAGAGUAGAGUUAAUAAGGAGUCCCAGCUAAGUAAAUUUUGGAUUCCUAGUUGGUUAGCACUGAAGUUGUUUGAAGUCCGUCAUGUGUCCCAAGCUGGGGACAAGUUUGUAGUUGAUAUAGACAAAUAUGAAUGCACAUGCAGGAAAUGGGCUAUCUCGGGCAUUCUAUGUUGUCAUGCGUUGGCUGCUAUGAAGUUUCUGAAUUUAGAUGCAAAGGACUUCAUCCCUGUUUGUUUUAGGAAGUCAACAUAUGAAGAAAUGUACUCUUCCAUUGUGUAUCCAAUUAAUGGUGAGAACAUGUGGCAGAUUACCCCAUAUAAUGAUGUGUUCCCUCCAAAAAAGAGAAUAUUGCCAGGGAGGCCGAAGAAGAAAAGAAGGUUGCAGGAAUGGGAGUUAGUCAGGGAUGACACAAGAAUGAGGAAUGAUUGUAUACAUAAAAGAUGUGGCAUUUGUAGGGAGCUGGGUCACAACAGAACUUCUUGCCAGAAAUCAACCCAAGAUCGUGAUGUGAACCCUGACCAAACACAACAAAGCAACCCAGAAAAUGAACCAAACAUACCAUCAUCAAAUGAGCCUGAAGCAUAG